AGGAGUUUGAGCUGAACUCACUCGCAGUCUGAGAGCUGUAAACUAAGCUCACCCAUAAAGCUUGCUACUUUCAUCUCCAACAUUCGAUUCCCAUUGUCUUACCUUAUUAGAUUCUCUUUAUUACCUCUAUCUUCACCCACCAUGGAUGAUGACGUGUCCGCCCCCUUCCGCCGGUCGUCGAGCCGGAACCGUAAGGUGGCUUCGAAAAUGGCUGCUGCCCUUAUGAGCACUGAUAACCGCACCCAGGCUGCACUUGCUAGGCUUGAAGCUUUGGAGAAUGACAAUGCUGGGUUGGAAACUGUGGAGGUCAAUGACGAUGAUGAAGCUUCUCUUGAUGAUGAGGAUCAAGGAUAUAUACAAAAGAAGCAGCCUAAGGGCACCAAACGUAAAACUCGGCAGGCAAAAGCUCUUGAGGCCAGGAAGGCACCGAGAACAUUCCUUGAGCUUUUACAAGAGGCUAAUCUUGAAUCUUUGCCGCCUCAUGUCCCAUCCUAUCUGAAGGCAGCAGUAGGACCUCCGAGCUCUACCUCCCGCCGGCAUUUCUGCACUGUUUGUGGUUCGGCUUCCAACUAUACCUGUGUGAGGUGUGGCAUGCGCUUCUGUUCGUGUCGAUGCCAGAAUAUCCAUAAUGAUACUCGUUGUCAGAAAUUUGUUGCCUGAUCGCAAGAGAAUCUCCAUUUCUGACUUCCAAAGUUGGUCCUGGAAAUUGGCCAUUGACUGUAAGUGUGCUGUGAGUUCUGCAGAGCCGCUUCACUGGAGUUGCUCCAACCUAUUUCAGUCCACACAAAGAAAAACCAAAUAUUCAUAAUCGAGUCCAUGUUACUCUAGGAUGGUGAAAAGGAAUGAUGAACUGAGCAGCAUGGAAGAAGACGUACAACAAAUUCAUGGUAGUGAGUUUCAGCAGCUGCGAAUGAAGCUAGCAGAGUCAAGAAGGCGAGAAGGCAAAGGAGGCAGGAGCUCCAUGGCUUGAGAGUAAAGCUGGAAGCCUCCAUUGCUAGUUAUGGUAGUUGUGUGUUAGAAGACUAUGGGAAGCAGCUAUUUAUACAUUCUGGAUUAAGCGGGAAACGGUGCAAUUUUAGUUAGUUCUUAUUUCAUAUUGAGAUACUGCCUAUGUAAAUUAGGUUUUGAAGUCAACAUGGAUGCUAUUGUUCUUUUAUCAUAGAACAUAUUAGUCCAACCGGAAAGGAAAUUUGGUGCACCCACUACUGGAGGUGUUGUGCUUAAUAUUGUUUGAACUGG